AAGCCAAAGCCAACCAAAGUGUUGUUUUCUUUUAAAACUCCUCUCUCAAAGAACACAAGCACAAACACUCCCAACUCUCACUCCUUUUCACGCGAAAAUACCGCACGUUUCUCCUUUCCCCCACUUUCUCUUUCCUCUCCUUCUCUUUCAUUCAGCUUUCAAAGCGUUUCUGGAGACAUGGGAAUUUAGUGUGAAGGGUACUUGCAUAAUGGGAUUAGGUCCGGGUGAUAUCCAGGUGGGGCCUUGGAGUGCUGGAAAAUCAAAAGGGAAAAAGAAGAUAAGUACUGAAGAUGAGGAGCCUGGAUGUUGGAUUAAAUUUAGGUUCAUGGGAAGCUGCUUGUCUCCAAGGGCCAAAGUGGAGGGUUCCAUAAGUGGCACUAGCACUCAAUAUGCCGAAAGUAAAUCAACAAAGUCAAAUGACACCACAAAUGAGUCAAAUGACACCAGCACAGGUCAAGCUGUUGUUCCAGUUGUGUCAUCGUCAACUACUACCAAUGCUGAAAGUAUUUCAUCCACUCCGAAUGUAAGUGAGGAGCUUAAAGUUGCUUCUCAGCUUCGAAAAUUCUCCUUUAAUGAGCUCAAGUUAGCAACAAGGAGCUUUAGACCUGAGAGUCUUCUUGGUGAAGGUGGUUUUGGUUGUGUAUUCAAAGGUUGGAUCAAUGAGAAUGGUACUGCUCCAGUAAAACCAGGCACAGGGUUGUCUGUUGCGGUCAAAACCCUUAACCAUGACGGACUUCAGGGUCAUAGAGAAUGGCUUGCUGAAGUUAACUAUCUUGGUGAUCUCCUCCAUUCUAAUUUGGUCAAGUUGAUUGGUUAUUGCAUUGAGGAUAAUCAAAGGCUACUUGUUUAUGAGUUUAUGCCUCGAGGAAGCUUGGAGAAUCACCUCUUUCGAAGGUCCCUGCCUCUUCCUUGGUCCACCAGAAUGAAAAUUGCACUUGGUGCUGCGAAGGGUCUUGCUUUUCUUCAUGAGGAGGCUGAACGACCUGUAAUAUAUCGGGACUUUAAAACAUCUAAUAUACUGUUGGAUGCGGAUUACAAUGCCAAACUUUCUGACUUUGGACUUGCCAAAGACGGUCCAGUGGGAGAUAAGACUCAUGUAUCUACUCGUGUGAUGGGAACCUACGGUUAUGCAGCCCCUGAGUAUGUUAUGACAGGGCAUCUUACAUCAAAGAGUGAUGUCUAUAGCUUUGGGGUGGUUCUACUUGAAAUGUUGACAGGCCGAAGAUCUAUGGACAAAAACCGACCAAAUGGGGAGCAUAACCUGGUGGAAUGGGCUCGACCCUAUCUUGGAGAGAGACGAAGAUUUUACCGACUUAUAGAUCCCCGCCUUGAAGGACGCUUCUCAAUAAAAGGUGCGCAGAAAGCAAUCCAAUUGGCUGCCCACUGCCUUGGCCGGGAUCCAAAAGCCAGACCUCUGAUGAGUGAAGUUGUUGAAGCCCUAAAACCUCUGCCUAAUCUCAAGGAUAUGGCUUGUUCUUCUUCUCACUUCCAGGCCAUACAAAUAGAGCGCGUGGGGUCCAGUUCAAAAUCUAGAACUGGCAGUAGAGUGCAGGCGGGAUUGUCAAUAAGGGACGGGCAACCUACCAGGAGCCUCUCCACUCCGAAUGGUCCGCAUGUCUCUCCAUAUCAUAAUAACCAUCUUCACCGAUCACCCAAACCUAAUGUUAGCCAACCUUGACAUUGCGUAUAUGCUCCCUGCUCUUUUUCAUUUCAUUACAUGUUUUUGUUGUGGGGAUUGAAGUAAUCAUUGGGAAAAUGAACAUCAGCCAUGAGUUUGGAAGUUCAUGCUGACCUGUUCUUUCUAAUAGCGAGUAUUUGCGGGCACUGUUGUCCAAUAUGAAGGGGAUCAAUUAGAAGAAACUCCGGAGAGAAACAAUGAAGAGCUCUUUGGAAUUAAUGACCAAUGGUUUCCUGUUCACUUUGGCUGUUUA